AUGAAAAGUUUAGAUUAUUAAUACAAAUAAGAUUAUCCAAAUUUGAUUGCAUGUUUUGUAAGAAACACUUAUCAAUUACCAUUAAUAAAAGCUGACUUAAAAGACAAAAUAGAGGAAUAAUUUGAGGAAGUGUAAAUAGAAAAUGAAUACAAAAUUGAUACAAAUCUGCAUAUUGAAUAAGCUGAAAUAUUUAAAUGCUUUAAUCCUGAAGCUCUAAAUGAAGCAUUAUUUUAGAAUGCAACAAUUCUCAGAAAAUUUGGUAGAAUAAGGUCUUUAAUAUCAAAAGGUUAAUAUUUAGCUGUAGGAAGUAAUUUAGGAGCAGUACUUAAUUUUUAUAUUGGAGUUGAUCCUCCAAAUAAAUAAUAUAUUGAAAUGAAAUAUUAAUUACUUUAUGUAGCAGAUAUAUGUUAAACUGAACAUGGCAGUGUAAAUUAAUUAAGUUUUAAUUUAUCAUAAUCAUAACUUGCUGUUGGGUUUGAUAAUGGUAUUAUAGGAAUAUAUGAUUUAAUAAAUAUGAAACAUUUAAAAUGGGUUAAAGUACAUCAAAUUAGAAUAAUUUCUUUGGGAUAUGUUAAUGAAAAUACAUUUGUUUCAGGUGAUGAAUAAGGCAAUUGUUUCUUAACUAGAUGUGCAAAAGGAAGAAUCUUUUAUGAUUUAGAUUCAUAAUUCAUUAUUAAAUCAUAACCUAUGUCAAUUAUUAGACCUAUUACAAUCAAAUGUAAACCAUUAUUUAAUUUCCCUGAAUAUACAAUUGUUGCUUUAGGUAAUGGAUAUAAAUGUUGGGUUUUAAGAAUAUAAGAUUCUAAUGUUACAUAAUUUACUAUUUUAGCAGAUUUCUAAAAUGAUGCACCAGAAAAUAAUUAAUGUAUUCUAGAAUGGGAUAUUCUUAAAAUUGAUAAUAAAGAUCAUUUAGUUUUAGGUAUCACUUGGACUAAUUAAACUAAAUCUUUUUUAUUUUAAGGAACCGAAUAUGUGGAAGGUAAAAUAAGGGCAAAUUUUAAGUUACUUAAAGAAAUCAAGAUGUCUGCGAAUGUAAAAUUUAAUCAAAUACUUAGUUUAUAUAUAUGAAUUCUAUUUAUAAUGAUUUAGUCUUACUCUUGACUGAAAAAGGUGCUGUUUAUACAAGCAAUUUCUCUAAUUAUAAGACUUAAAAGAUAAUGUAAAUGCAAUCAUUUGAACCUUUGCCACUUAUGUAUUGGAAAGACAAAAAAUAUGAGAGCCAAUUUAAUGUUUGUAUAUCUAAUAAUGAAAUUCUAUAAGAAAUUUAUAUUUUAACUAGCUAAAAUAUUACAGUUUUGAAAUAUUAUAAAUUUGAAGAUAAGAUAAGACAUUUUAUGGAGAAUCAAUAAUUUUUACUAAGCUUUUAAUUAAUUUUAUGUAUACAUAAAAAAGUGUUUAUGGAAUUUGAUAGAUAAAAGUUACUACAAUUUGCUAAAUAACUAAUUGAUUUGUAUUGUAAUUAAAUUGCCAGAUUACAAGUAAGCGGUAAAACAGAAGAAGCAAAAAAGAGGGGAAUAUCUUUGGUGAAAUUUAUAAUUGAUAUUGAAAAUGAACAAAAUUUAAACUCAAUUUGUGAUUUUUUUUCAAAAACCUUAAACGAUGAAUCUAAAUUUUUUUAAAGUAUUGUUGAACCUUUUAUAAUAAAUAAAUAGUUUAAAUUUAUUCCAGAUGAAAUUCUGUUAAAGUUGAUAUCUUUAUUAAAAGGAUAGAAAGCAAAGAUUUAUUAAUUAUUAAAUUAAUUAGAUUUGAAAAGAGUGAAUUAUUCAAUAUAUUUAUAAGCUUGUUUGGAAAGUUAAUUAUUUUCACCAAUGAUUCAUUUAUGUACUAAUACAGGGAAGAAUGAAUUUUUAACUCCUUUAUUUUAGAUUUGGAAUUAUAGCAUAAAGCAAUCAUAAUUAGAAAAUUUUGAAGAAGAAAUCACAAGUGUUAGAAAAGUGAUAUCAUUUAUAGAAUAUAUUAUAUAAGGUAAAUUAUAGGAUGGGUAAGAGAUCGGAAUAUCUGCAUUGAAGGUAAAUAAGUUGAAGAUUAAUAUAGAGUACAAUAGAAAUGAUGUUAGUUUGGAUAUUUGAAGAGAAUAAUCUAAGAAGAAUGAUAUGGAUAGAUCCUUAUGGAACAUUUCAUAUAUUAUAUUAAAUAAUGAGUAAAACAAAAUAACAUUAAAUAGAAUUAGAACAUUCUAAAUAAUUGUAAAUAUAUUAGAUAUUUUAUAAGGAAUGUAAUAUAAAAUGUGUUGAGAAUGUUUAUGAAUCCUACAUAUCGUUGGAAAUUUUAAUAAUAAGAGUUUGAAAUUUAAUAAUAAUUUAAUGAUAUUAUUGGAUUUGAAAAUAAUGAUGUUUAGACUGCAUAUUCAUUCUUUAUAAUAAAAGUGAUAUUCAUUUUAAAAUUGGAAGUAGAAUUUGACAUAAUGAUGGAUAUAUUAUUGUUUUGCACAUUCAAUAAAUCAUUUCUAUUUUAUAUUGAUUAUAGAUCAUAUGCAGAAGUAAUAGAUAAAAGCGAAUUAAUUUAAUUAGAAUAACAUUAAAGUCAUUCUGAAAUAAUCGAAUAUUUUUAAUAACGUUUGAUGCUUAAAUUUGUUUAUAUUUUAGUAAGUAAAAUCUAGACAGAAAAACAUAAAGAAUAAAUAGAAAUGCUAAAUGGAUUGAAAGAUUUAAAAUAGAUUCCAUUAAUAUAAGCAUAUCUGUAUUAAUAUGUUGGAGAAUAUCAAAUUCCUGUAUCUAUUUAUUUAAAAUCAAAUAAUAUUUUAGUAUAAAAGUAAGUAUUUAAAUAUUUACAUGAUACUCUUAUUCAAAUGGUAUAUAUAAUAAUAAUCUAUUUAUAGCAUGGUAAUGAAAUAUAUAUAUAACUUAAUGGAAUUAUAGUAUCAAAGUUGUAAGAUCUAAUAAAUUUAGAUAUCAAAAAAACUAGAGAAUUAAUUUGUUAAUUUUAAAAAGAUAAUGAACUUUAAGUAAUAGAUAAGUUAGGUUAAAAUAAAGAAUUAUAAUUAAGAUAUAUUGAAACUAUUAUAAAAAAAGAUAGUAAUUCUGAAUUUGGUUUAAGUAAUAUUAUCUUAAUAAAACAUAUUGAAGUAUAUCUAUGUAUUUUAAAUAAUUUAGUUAUUAUGUGAAUUAGAACCUUAGAGAGUUUUAUAAUAAUUAUAAAAAAUCAAUUAUCCUUUAGAAGAAGUGUUAGAAAUAUGCAAAAAGUAUCAAAAUAUUGAAUCUACUGCAUAUAUUUAAUGUAGAUUAGGUUUUAUUGGUGAUGCAGUAAAAUUGCAGAUAAUACUCUUGAGAAAUAUAAUAUCUAAAAUACUUGAUAAAUCUAAGAAUGCAGAUACAGUGUAUUCUUAAGAGUAUGAACAUAUAGAAAAUAAAAUGAAUGAAAUUUCAGAAAUUUGUUAAUAUCAUUCAGAUAAUCCAGAUAAGAGUUGGUACUAUUUUUUAGAUAGUUUAAUAUUACUAAAUAAUGAAAUAUCAGACACUUAACUAAAUAGAAUUCUUAUUAAACAUAUUGGAUAAUUAUUUGAAGUAAUAAUUUUAUUAUUAAUAUAGGAUAUAUCUACUCAUACUCCAUUAGAUAUAUUUGCCUAACAUUUAGGGACUAAAUAUAGUAAUAUUAAUAUCAAAGAGUAUAAAGGUAAUUUCAUUAAAUUAGUUAACACUUUCUCUUAUUAAAAAUAUUUCAUUUAAAAUGCUAGAUUUAUUAUUUAACAUUCUUUUAAUAUGGAAUCAUACAAAUUUUUGAGAUCUCAUCUUCAAGGUUACUUUACUAUUAAUUAUUGUAAUAUUUGCAAUGAACUAAUUGAUAAUAAAGGUUAUAUGUAUUUAUGUGGUCAUUUUAUUCAUCUUGAAUGUAAAUAAAAAGAUCAUUAAACAUGCUCAAAAUGCUUAUAAUCUGAAAGGUUCUUUUUAGAACACACUGUUCAAAAAUAAAAAGCAAAAAUUAGUAGAAUGAAAAAUGAUACAUAAAUUAAAUAGAUAGAUAACAAAUAAUUAAGUAUUAUUAUAUUAAAUAUAGAUACAACAAUUUCAAGAUAAAAAGAUGAUCAAUCUGAACCAAUUCUUAAUUAUUCAUCUAAAUUAUCACUAUUUGAUUUAUAAAGAGAAUAGAAAUAUAAUUUGAGAAUCGAAUAAGAUAUUAAUAUAUUAAUCAGAGCUAAUUUAUGA